AUCCAGCGACGCUCAACGGUUUGUGUACAAUAUCAAGCUUGAUAGGACCAGCUGCAUGCAUCAAACGUGUUUUUGUUUUGUUUUGUCUCCGUCUUGUACUUAUCGAAAUACUUUAUAUUCCCUUCCUUGUCGAUGUUCCUUGACUGACGAUUGUGGCAUGAAGAUUGCCGCUGGGAUGCAGCAUAUUCGACUUUUUGAUGGUCCUACAAACAUUUCUACUUCUUAUAUAUCUCUGCUGAUUAAUCUUUUGUUUAUUUAUUUUUUUAUAAAAAUGAAUUGCUGGACUACUUAUUAGCUUUCAGCGAAUAUAUUCUCAUAUUGCAGGGUGAAUGUCCACCCCAUUGACUCUUUCUGCUCAAAUCAUCUUAAUGUUUAAUUAGUUUAUAUUUCACUAAUCUCAGUUCCUGAUCUUGUCAUGAGAUGAUCACAAGACAAUCUGCUUUAAGUGUAGGCUCAUGCAGUGGUGGGGUGACCAACAAAGUGGAUGCCCUCCAAUAGCUUUUUCCUGAAAUUGUGCAAUUAUUACAUUUAAAGUAAUUUUGUGUGUAUGGUGAAAAUACCUUUUAAGUAUAUCAACAUCACUGGGCUUACAUUUGUACAGCAGAUUCCUAUGAACAUGUGCCGUGCCCUGUGACAGCAUUGAGCCAGUCAGUUAUUACCUGCAUGCAGAUACACUACUGCAGUACCUGCAGGCCAUGUAUGUAUUUAGCAGACACUUUAAUUAAAAGCAAAACACACUACAGGAAGGGAUUUGAACCAGUGAUCUCUUGAUCUGCAGUGAAGUGCUCUAACCACUGAGCUAAACCCUCAGACCCUGUGUGAAUGGACCAGUUAACCUGCCAGGCAGUCUGUCUGUGACCUAGGCCUGACUCAUGACAGAGUACUACGAGGAAGGUGGACUGCUGUAUGAGCAAUCACCUCCCAUGCACAUCAAAGUGGAGUCUCCAGAAGGACCCUUAGGAGGGGCAGUCUCAGAGGACGGCUUCCCCAGGGAGGAUGAGGACUCCGAUGGGAGCUGUGACCACAGCAGUGGGCUGCCUGGGGGACUUCCCUUCAAUGUUGUUGUGGUGCAUCCCAACAUCAUAGCUCCUGGCAUGUCCUCAGAUGACCUCCUAUCCAUGGAACAAAACAGAGGUGUCUCUUCUGCGCUAGCAGCAGGUGGUGUGGGUAAACGGAAGAGCCGGUUCAGCGGAGCCGAGCUGGAGGUGCUGGUGUCGGAAGUCACACGAUGCGAGGGAGAGCUCUUCGGCCCAGCCGGUAGGCUCCGACGUCGGGAGAGAGAGCGCAUUUGGGCCGACAUCCUGGAGAGAGUCAACGCCGUGUCCAGAGUCCCGCGCACCCUCCGGGAGGUCAAGAAGCGCUGGGAUGAUUUGAAGAGACGCAACGGGGGCAGGCUGGCUGACGCCCGGCACCGCAGCUGCUACCUGCCCUCCAGCAGAGGGGCUUCGAUGCUGGGCCGGUCGCAGACCAGUCCCAGGCUCCAUCAGAACAGGCAAAGGCAAAGCACCAGAGGGAAGACCACUUUCCAAUGCUUCACAGAUUCUGACCCAGCAGGAGGGGGUGAAGGGUCUGAGAGAGAUGGCUUGGACAAAGAAGAGGAUGUUGGUGAGCGGGAAGGGGAGACAGGAGAGGCUGAUGAGGGUGCAGAGAGCAGCAUGGAGGAUAAACUGAGCUUAGGUCUUGGACUAGGCAUAGGCCCACCCCCGGCCUCAGAGCGCUGGCUGCCUCCCUCUCCUCUCUACAGUGCCCCUUUCCUUAACGGGAGCCCUCAGCCUAGUCCUCAGCCCUCCCUUGGUGCCCAGCAGGGUCCCCUAGAGGCCCCUCCUCGUGGCUCCUGGCUGGAAGAUGAGCUUCGAGGGCUGGGGGACGCGGCUCUGCAGCUAGGCGACCGAGUGGAGCAGAGUCUGAGGGAAUUCGGAGAAGGUUUUCGGCGCGACAUGAGAACACUAGUUGCCUCACAAGAAACGCUGGCGCACAGUCUACAACAAAACAAUGUCCUGCUGCAAAGGCUUCUGGGAGUCCUGGAGGCACAGCAGCAGCCUCAAACACAGCAGCAGCAACAACAACCAAGGGUUCAGCAGACGCAGCCAACUCAGCAGCAGAUUCCACAGCAGACUCAGGCGCAACAACAACAUGGACAACAGUCACAACAACAGUCACAACAACACAUACAACUGUCACAACAACAAAUACAACAGUCCCAACAACAACACGUGCAACAGUUGCAACAACAGCUGAUACAACCGUCACAGCAACACCCACCGCUACAACAGGCAGCGCAGCAGCAACCAGUACAGCAGCAGCCACAGGAGCAUGAGCAGCACUUUCAACAGCAAACCUCUCAACCUCAUAGUAGUCAGCCAGCUUCAGCAAUCCCAAUGUUACCACCUCCCCCAGAUAUACUGGAUGGUACCUUCCAUCCUGACCCACCCGUCGGGGUGAAAGGAACUGUCCAACGGCCUCGGCGGGGGAGGACUGUAGAUCAUAGGAGAAGACGGCGGCGCUAGAGAUGUGUGUGUGUAUAUUUUACAAAUAAUAUCCCAUUUGUUCACAACUGCAGGGUUCUUCACAGAUAGCGAAAUGUAUUAAAAACAAAGCUAUGGAUUUGGAUGUUUGUCUGUCCACAAAAUAAAUAUUGGCUGAAUUGCAGUGUGUCCGGUUCUACAGUCAGUGGUACAGUAGCUAAUCAUCAAUUCAAUUGGAUGUUAAUGUUUAGAUGCUGAAGUACAAAUAUAUCUGCUAAACUGGGCUAUGACACUAAGCCUUCGAAUUAAUUUGUGCUUUGGGCAAAAGCAUAUGUCUUUUUUUAAAGAAGGAUUUUAUUGCAGUGAUCGUGCUGGGCUUAUGUACGGCAUGUACAGAAUUUAUGUUAAUGCACUUGUUGAGUUAGUACAUUACAAAAAAAGCAAGUCUAAUUUCCUACACAUUUUAAGUACUGUACAUCAAUUAAUGGAAAACAAUUCAACUCGUUUAACACUAGUUAAUGUGUAGAGGCCGUCAGGGAGUUAACUGUGUGUUCUUUAGUGACUCCAGGAAAGUCAUGCACUUUAUUGAAUUCAUGAUUACUUCAUGUAAUAAGGUGCUUUUCAUUGUCCAGAUGAAGAAAACAAUGUAGUGAAUAAAUCAUAUUAACCACUUAACCCGACACUGUCUAAAUUGUAUAUAGACAAUCGUAUAUUGACAUAAAGCACUUACAUAUAUGUUUUUAAAUGCUUUGCAGUCUAGGAUAAAUCUUCAAUUAUCAAUCAUAAUUUUGCAUGAUUUGUGAGAAAAGAUUAAUCCAAAUGUUUGACAGUAGACAGCAUUGCACUGUAGUUUGACAUUCGGAUAUAAUAACAACAUGUCACUACCAAUAUUUCCCAUUUUUAACAGGGUUCAAUGAAACUAAGAUACAUUUUCAUGGAUUAAAUGUAUUGAUUGUUCUAUUGGGUACUGUGCAGUGCACUCUUAUAUUGCAUGCAGCUUAAUGUGUAGAUAGUACAAUUCAAAAGGAAACUGCAAAAAACAUUUAUGUACCAUUUUAUUUUUUAACUUUGUACAGUAAAUAGAUUAAAUCUGUUCACCCAAAAUGUAUACCCUAAUGAUUAAUAAAGUCAACUUUA